GUAAACAGGGUGAGCGAGCUGUCCAAUCAUCGUUUACUUUAUAAAGCUACAUGGUUAACACAAUACUCUGCGUUCAAAAAUUCACAGCAAAGAUAAAACACGUUCUGCUUUCGUAGGCUUUGAAAUUCGUAGUCGAGAAAUGUAUGUAGCUAUGCUUAGCAGAUAAAGAAGUAUUUACACCGUGUUUGUAAGUAUGAGUUCCGCAAGUACAACAGCUUCUGCUGGUGUUUCAACAACUGUAAGCAGUGUUUCUGUCGAUGCCCUAUCGCCUGAAAAUAUACUGAAAAUAAAUAAAGCAGAUGGGCCGAAAGUGUUGGUGCAACCUGUCAACCCUCCGAUGCCAGUAAUCUCUCCCGAAGCAUUAGGCAUCGCAGGUCCUCCUCCUCGUGUUGCCAGUGUUCAGAAGGAUUUGAUACCCAAUCAGAACCUGGCAGCUCUAAGCUAUUUCCCAUCGGCAGUAGCCAAUGUCAAAGGUCAAGAGAAAACUAUUAUCGCUGGUUCUUGUAGUAUUGCUGCAAGUAGUAGCACACCUGUCAUAAGUUUACCGGUUCAAGUGGCAGCCAGUGUUAAACAUUACCCCAUUAGUACAUCAGUACCUAGUAGUGUUGCCGUGCCAUUCGUCAGCCAAGUACCACUUGCAAGCCAUGACGUAGCUAAAGCAGGUAGAGCGCCACCUAUAAGCCAUCCACAACAGCCAAGCAAGCCUCAAGAAUCGAAAGCCAGCAUUGGAAGCUUCCCAUUAAGAGCCACCCAACCAGUUCAGACAAUUGCCUCCACCACUUCACUGCAGACUAGUGCCAUUACCACCCUGCCAAAGACAACAAUCGCUCAUGUGCCAAUAAGAAGCUCUACAGCACCCCAAAGCACUCUCCAGAACAUUCAAGAUAUCCACAGGCUACCACCACAUGUUUACACACAUACGUUGAAAGCAUCAACUACCCCUCCCCCAGUGACAAUCGAAAGCCGAAGUGAAUCUAAGCUGACUCAAAAAUUACAUGGUAAAAGCGACCAAAAAUUAGAAAGUUUCACAGAAAGCAAAGUUACCGGUAAAGGAGACGCCACUAAGUUGGAUCCUAAAUUGAAUUGGCCGGUCUCCACAACCAAGACUUACGCACCAAAGCAGAAUAUGUUUGGAGUGCCGCGUAGUAUUGUCACUUCUACUGCUAUUCCAAUAACGUAUAUAAAUAAGCCAGUUCCAGCAAGAACCAACGCUACUACUCCAAUUGUAAAACCAGUUGUUGGACAACCAGUUACUUGUGCAGUUCCAAGUACAACAACAUCAGUACCAAUUCCAAUUGGUGUUGCUUCUAAAAUACUUCAGCAGACACCGGCACCACGACCCCAUGCAAGCUUUCCGGACAGUCAGGCUAUAUUCUUAGCCAGUCAUCGGCAGCCAGUCAGCAGCGUGACCACAGCAGUACCUGGCCACCCAAGCGUCACAAUACCACAUAACGUACAUCAGUAUUCUCCUUACUACUUCUAUAGGGGUGAUGGUACAUUUCCUAGGUACCAGUUCCAGGCGCCAUAUGUUGGACAUAAUAGUUUCACACCCAUUACAAAUGCAGCUGUAAGGCAGCAGUUGAAUGUCAACCCGCAGGUAUCGUUGCAAGCUCCGUCAAGUGCCGGAGCUGCAGCCACAGUUGCGGCAGUUGCACGUGCAGCUACAGUUGCAGGCGGCCCAGUCAGGCUGAAUCCAAUGGUUGCAGACUUGAGGACAACCGGUACUCCUUAUACAAUACCUUCUUUAGGUUCAGCUGAUGGUGAACCGAUACCAGGAACCAUAUACGCUGCUAAUGCAUCUGCAACGACGAAUCAGUCCGUUACCACCCCUGGAUCCUCACCUAGGCCUAGUAUCCUGAGGAAACGGCACAAUGAUGGAACUCCUGCUUCAUUGCGUAAACCAUUGUUCCAGACGACAGGAGGAAGUGGUCCUGCUAGUCCAAGUUCAAAGAUUGAUCAAAGGCAAACUGCCUCUCCAAAGCAAAGUGAAUCGUUGUCAAGUAGUCAGCAAUCAACAGAGAGCAAUGUAUCAGAAUCAAAUUCUGCUCAGUCUGUGUUGAUUAAGAUUAAACAAGAGAAGAAAGAUGACUCAAUAUCGAUGCUAUCAGGUCUACCAGAUUCCCUACAUCUGCCAGAAAAAAACGAGGAGCCAUCACCAAGGAAACGGCAACGUAAACAACAACACAAAGUUGCUUCACAGCAAAUGUUAGAUGACAAGUCCACAGAUGAAGAAACGGAAACAAAGAAAGAUUCAACACCAUCGAAAAAGGAGAAACUAGAAAAAAAACAGCGAAAAAUGAAGUUAGUUCAGUAUAUCAAACGGUCGUCAUUGAAACUUCUGGAUAGCUACCACCAAACAUGGAAGCCAGCUCACAAUCAUUUCCAACGGUAUUCGGAUGUCAAGGCAAAAGAUGAAAAGAAAGCAGGAAUUCAUGAGAUAGCCAAUCAGAGAGGAAUCCUUAAAAAGGCUGAUGGAUGGAAAAUCAAACAUGUUGGUCUACAGCUCACAGACAUGAUUGGUCAGGAACAAGAGGUGUAUGAGCAAAUGCAGGCAAUCAAGGAAGGCAUGAGCAGUCAACUUGGCGACGGUAUCAUCAAGACAGAAACCAAUCGCAUUUAUGAGCUAAUCCAGGGCAAUAUCCAGAGAAGUCAGUAUGUCUUGGAACACAUUGAAGAAACAAAGAGUAUUAUGGGAAGACUACUAGAUCACAAACCAAAGGUUGUCAGUAUCAUCAAGAAACAUGCCAAUAAAAGACAUGCGAAGAAGAAGCAUGCUUCGUAGCACCAUCAGCGUGAUGCUUUAUCUGAAAACAUCGACACAACACCUGCUAUGAAGUCUGCUACUUGGCACCAUUAGCAUUGCUGCUUUAAGAAGCAAACAAAACCCGCUAAGACGUUAGCAUGCUACAUAGCACACCAUCAGCCUGCUACCUCAGCAAGAAACAUGCCUAAAAGACUUGGUAAGAAGUAGCAAUGGCACAUAAUGUCCAUAUGUUACUGCAGCAAGAAAUGUGCAAACAAGACUGACACAGCAAUGUUUGCGUGCUACUUCAGCAAGAAACACGCAAGCCAGUCCUGGUAAAAAAUAGCAUGGUACAAUGCAGCAUCGGCCUGCUACUUCAGCAAGAAAACUCAAAAAUCUGACUUGCUAAAAAGUAGCAUGUUACAGUGCAGUACCAGCUUGCUACUUCAGCAGGAAACAUGCCUACAAAACUUAAGCAGUAGCAAUGCCACAUAUCUUCUACUUCAGCAAGAAACACAAAAAUCAAACUUGCUGAAAAAGUAGCAUGCCACAUAGCAACAUCAGCCUGCUAUUCCAUGAUCAUGAAGGAAGGAAGGAAGCUGAUAUAAAAUCAUAUUCUGAAGAAUAAUUAAAUAUCAAAAAUUGAGUUAUGUAUGUAUAAUGCGAGGAGUGUGUAAAUAGUUUGAGUUGAAACCUGCUUUCCAUAAAUCGCUACUCUCGCUACAGUGUUUUUACUGCAAUUAUUACGCUGCAAAGGCCCCUUGACUGGGCAAUCAGCAUCGAUGAAAGCUUUUUAUGGAAACUGGAUGGACAUCUUUUAUAUAAUUUGCGUGCUUGGAAUACUAUGUAGUGUACUAUAUCAGCUGAUUGUGUACAGGGAGUAAAAACGUGGUAUGAUAUUUAUUAUAGAAAUAGUGACAUAUAAGUACCACUUACUGUUAAUUGACAUUAUUUUCAACUUGGUAUCUUGUCUCUAUUUUCUAAAAAGAUAAUGUUAUGUUGACAUGACAGUGAGUGUAAAGAAAUUCACAUUCAGAGAGUUAAUUGAUUUCGUCAAUCAGGUAUUAUUUAACCUCAUAUUUGGCAUUAAAUUUACAUAUUGUUUCUCUUAUCAGUUUUGUGAAUUCGGCGAGUCGUACAAUGUGAUAAACAUUUGUAUUGAAUCGUUGACACAUAAAAAUUGAGGGUAGCUGUUAUAUCUGUAUAUUUUGCAUCAACAGCAUCCUGACAUUCUGUAAUGUAGACAGAUUAUGAAAUGUAUUUUUGUUUGGUUAAUUAAAGUUGCUGCAACUGCCAUAAAAAGGUGAAAAAUUACCAAUACUGUAUAAAUAUAUUAGCACAAUUAGUGUUUGGAAAAAUAUAUUUAACACAUUAAUUAUGAAUAUUUUAUAGAAAAAAAAACAUUUCUAUUAAUAGUAAACCAUGUGAUGUACAAAACAUUUUUCUAUUUGUGGAAAAGCAAUUGCUUGUUAAUGUUUAUUUUUCUUUGUUUAUUCUUUUGUAGUUGUAUCAAUACUGCCCUCAAACUCUUGGCAGUAACAAUGCUAAAUACCGUGUACUUUAAGUGAUGUAUAAGAGUGUAUAGUUUUCAAUAAAACUGAUAAACUGUA